AUGGGCCGCGGCUGCGCCCCUGCCCCGCCGGCCGGGGGGCGCGCAGGGGCGUUGGUGUUGGUGCUUCUCUGCCUGGGCGCGGAGCUGGCGAGCGGGGGUGGAAAGAAGUCGUACAGUGGGCCAUGUGGGGGCCGUGACUGCAGUGCUGGAUGUAAAUGUUUUCCAGAGAAGGGUGCACGGGGUCGACCAGGACCAAUUGGGCUUCAAGGACCAAUAGGUGCACCUGGAUUUACUGGCCCAGAAGGUUUGCCAGGAGCAAAAGGUGAGAAAGGAGCAGUGGGCCCUCCUGGACCAGCUGGACAAAAAGGUGACAAGGGCCCAAUGGGAGUUCCAGGAUUUCAAGGCAUCAAUGGGAUCCCAGGUCAUCCUGGGCAAUCUGGACCUAGAGGUCUGCCUGGCCUCGAUGGCUGCAAUGGUACCAUUGGGACUCCUGGUGUUUCUGGAGCAGAUGGGUUUCCUGGCCUACCAGGGCUGCCUGGUCGUCCUGGCCCAAAAGGCCUUAAAGGAGAACCUGUGUUUGCUCAAGGCAGUCUCAAAGGAAUGAAGGGAGAAAAUGGUCUUCCUGGAUUGGAUGGAAUUUCUGGCCCAAAAGGUUUUCCAGGUCCAAUAGGUUCUGCAGGCCCUAUAGGAUUGCCAGGUUUGCAGGGUCCAGUGGGGCCUCCUGGGCCACCGGGUCCAAAAGGUAACAUGGGAUUAGGUUUUCAAGGAGAGAAAGGAGAAAAGGGUGAUGUAGGGCUGCCUGGCCCUCCAGGUCCCCCCCCAUCCACUGGAAUACUGGAAUUCAUGGGCUUUCCAAAAGGGAAACAAGGAGAAAAGGGUGAGCCAGGCCCUCAAGGACUGCCUGGGGACAAAGGAUUGCCUGGCGUGCCGGGCUUUGGAGGUGUUGGAGAGAAAGGAGAAAAAGGUGUUCCUGGCUUACCAGGUGGCAGGGGUCUUUUGGGACUGGAUGGAUCUGAUGGGAUUCCAGGGAGGAAGGGUCAUCCAGGUGUUCCAGGCUAUCCAGGGCUUGAUGGAGUCGAAGGCAUGAAGGGUGAAUUAGGUGACAUCGGUCCCCCAGGCCCUCCUAUUGUUAUUGACAGGGAAGGUGUAGUCAUUUCAGGUGCCACAGGUGACCCUGGGCAGCCAGGAAUACCUGGUCCUCCAGGAGAUGAAGGGAUCAGUGGUUUACCAGGCCUUCCAGGAGCUCCAGGCUUUCCUGGCCUGGAGAGAGAUGGAAUGGGCCCUGGAGGGUCUCCAGGUAUUCCAGGUGUGAAAGGUGAAGUGGGAGAACCAGGAAGAGCAACAAUUGGAUUACCAGGCACCCCCGGCAGAGGUGGUUUACCAGGUCUGCCAGGAGCACCAGGACUGCCUGGUUCACCACCCCCUUCAUUUUCUCCAGACACAAUCCUAGAUGGAAGGACUGGGGCCCCAGGGGAGCCUGGACAAAGAGGGCUACCAGGAACUUUGGGUCCAAAGGGGUACAAAGGAGAGGCAGGUGAUUGUGCUUGUGAUGGAGGAAUUACAAGAGCUGGUGUAAAAGGCAUCUCAGGUCCACCAGGUCCAUCGGGAAGCCCUGGUGUGCCUGGGAUUAAGGGCAUUGGUGGAGACCCAGGCACUGUGGGUGCACCAGGACUGCGAGGCCCUCCGGCUUUGGCUGGUCAACAAGGCCUUCCAGGCCUGAAGGGAGAAAAAGGGGCUCCGUCCUAUGCAACAGGCAGAGGUGCUCGUGGUGACCGUGGUGCAACAGCACCCAGAGGACCUUCAGGCAUCCCAGGAACUCCUGGCAGAGAUGGACUUCCAGGCUUGCCAGGACCCCCAGGCCCUCCAGGUGAUGGUGGACUGGGUUUCCCAGGUGAAAAGGGACUCCCAGGAUUACCUGGCUCCAAGGGCCAUCGUGGAGAAACUGGUUCUCCUGGCGUUGGAUAUCCUGGUCCCAGCGGAGUUCGUGGGCCUCCAGGUGACCCAGGAAUGGAUGGGUUUCCAGGACAAGCAGGUCUUCCAGGCCCUCCAGGUAUCACCUUGCCCUGCAUAGUUCCUGGAGCAUAUGGACCCUCAGGGACUCCUGGCUUCCCAGGAUUGCCAGGUCCCAAAGGCAGCAAAGGCUUUCCUGGCAUCCCAGGCCAACCUGGAUUGCAUGGGUCAAAAGGACAGCCAGGGUCUCCAGGGAUAAUAGGCUUGCAAGGGGAACCUGGCUUCCCUGGGCCUCGGGGAGAGCAAGGGUCACAAGGACUUCCAGGACUGGAUGGGACAGAUGGUUUGCCUGGGAAAAUGGGUGCUUCAGGCUUAGCUGGAAUGAAAGGAGCUCCUGGAGAUGUAUUUGGUGCUGAGAGUGGAGCUCUUGGAGAGCGUGGCCGACCUGGACUCCCAGGUGAUAAAGGGCUUACAGGUGAUCUUGGAUUUCCAGGACCGAAAGGGUCGGACGGACGACCGGGCCUGCUGGGUGUUAAAGGCGAGCAGGGUGACCCGGGAUAUUCGGGUGUCCCUGGGCUGCGGGGACCUCCUGGUCCUGGAGGUCCUUUUGGCAUUAAGGGAAGACCAGGACCCUUGGGGUCAGUUGGCCUCACAGGAGCACCAGGCUGUCAAGGACUUCCUGGAGUCAAAGGCUUGACUGGCGACGUAGGUCCACAAGGCCCUGCUGGUAUGAAAGGCUUCCCAGGUCUUGAUGGUGCUCCAGGAUCUCCCGGGGAAAGAGGAUUCUUAGGGCCACCUGGGCCUUUUGGUCAGGAUGGACGUCCAGGUUUUUCUGGGCCAAAAGGUGAGAAAGGAUCCUCUGGCCUGCUUGGUUUCCCCGGCAUGCCAGGCCUGCCUGGUGUCCCUGGCCUGGAUGGGUUUAAAGGAACUCUGGGCACAGCUGGAGGAAAAGGGAGCCCUGGAGCUGUGGGACUCCAAGGUCAAAAAGGGGACAGAGGUGAUGUAGGUCCGCCUGGUCUUCCUGUUCUUGGGCCUCCAGAACAGGCACUGCAAUUCAAAGGAGACAAAGGAGAUCCUGGAUUAGCUGGACUUGGAGGAUUCCCUGGACCUAGAGGUGAUAAAGGAAUCCCAGGAAGCCGUGGACAGCCUGGUCUCCCUGGUCCCAUUGGGUCAGCAAGCAAAGAGAAAGGUCUUCAUGGUGACCCAGGCUUCCAUGGCCCACCUGGACAGCCUGGGCUACCAGGACAGAAGGGUGCACAUGGUAUCGUAGGAUUUCCAGGGAUGCCGGGAGAGAGGGGUUCAGAUGGUAUCCCAGGAACACUUGGAUUCCCAGGACCUAUUGGUGUCCCUGGUCCAAAAGGUGACCAGGGAGAGUCCAUUGGUGUUCCUGGCCUUGCUGGAGCAAAAGGAGAGCCAGGGGACCCAGGGUUCCCAGGGGAGAGAGGGAGAGAAGGACUUAAGGGUGAACCAGGCUACCCAGGAAACACUGGGAUAAAUGGACCCAAAGGUGGACCAGGAGAUCUUGGCCAAGAAGGACCAGCAGGAAUCCCUGGAAAUGCUGGGCUCAGAGGAGUCCCUGGGCCACCGGGACCUCCGGGGCAGCCAGGACCUGUCGGAUUCCCCGGAGCUCGUGGAACAGCAGGACCUAAAGGGUUUCAUGGAUUUCCAGGUUUAAAUGGUCUGAAUGGCUUGCCAGGCACAAAAGGAUCUCCUGGAACACCAGGUCUGAGUGAAGCUGGACUGAAUGGCCCUGCAGGUCUCCCAGGUCCAAAGGGUGAAGAAGGUUCUCCAGGCUUGAGUAGAGGAGCUCCAGGAUUCCCUGGGCCAAAAGGCUCAUCAGGAGACGUGGGUCCUCCUGGUCCUGUGGGACUGCCUGGCUUGCCAGGAACACCUGGAGCUUCUCUUCCUUCUGAUAUACGUGGGAGACCUGGGGAUGCUGGCCAUCCAGGAACUGAUGGGAGUUCAGGUCUUCCAGGUCCUCCAGGACCACAAGGGCCCCCUGGCCCAGCUUCUGACCAAGGUGACACAGGCAAUCCAGGUUUCCCUGGUGUUCUUGGCUUGCGAGGCAUUAAGGGUGACGUGGGACCCACUGGUCCAAUUGGACUCCCUGGAGCAUCUGGAUUCAAAGGUGUGAGAGGUGAGCCUGGCCUUAUGGGCAUGCCAGGUAAAGAUGGGCCUCCGGGGGAUCCUGGGUACCCCGGGCUGAAAGGUGAAAUGGGCCGUCGAGGUCUCCCUGGGCAACAAGGGGCUCCAGGUAUAACCCCACAGCCAGAAGAAAUCACAGCCCCUGCGGGCUUACCGGGCCUGCCAGGAAUCGAUGGUGUCCCCGGCUUCGAUGGAGAGCUUGGAUUCCAGGGCCCAGCUGGAAAACCAGGUGCCAAAGGUUUGCCAGGAAGAUCUGGUUUGAAAGGGCGUGAUGGUUUACCUGGACCACCUGGCAUAGCUGGGGAUCCAGGACCUUCAGGUGCCCCAGGACCACAAGGAUUUGAAGGGGUUGCUGGAAAGCCAGGCGCUCUUGGUUUGCCGGGAAUGCCUGGUCGCAGCGUGGGCGUUGGGUACACUUUGGUGAAGCACAGUCAGUCAGACCAGAUCCCACCCUGUCCCAUAGGAAUGAAUAAGCUCUGGGACGGCUACAGCUUAUUGUAUGUGGAGGGGCAGGAAAAGUCACACAACCAGGACCUUGGCUUCGCCGGCUCGUGCUUGCCUCGUUUCAGCACCAUGCCUUUCAUCUACUGCAACAUCAAUGAGGUGUGCUACUAUGCCAGCCGCAACGACAAGUCCUACUGGCUGUCCACCACUGCUCCCAUCCCCAUGAUGCCAGUGGACAGCCUUCAGAUCCCGCAGUACAUCAGCCGCUGCUCCGUGUGUGAGGCGCCUUCCCAGGCCGUGGCUGUGCACAGCCAGGACAUCACCAUCCCACAGUGUCCCCUUGGUUGGCGCAGCCUAUGGAUAGGAUACUCCUUCCUUAUGCACACUGCGGCCGGUGCAGAAGGCGGAGGCCAGUCCCUCGUCUCACCCGGUUCCUGCCUGGAGGAUUUCCGUGCCACUCCCUUCAUUGAGUGCAACGGGGCUCGGGGAACCUGCCAUUACUUUGCAAACAAAUACAGCUUCUGGCUGACGACAGUGGAGCAGUCGCAGCAGUUUGUCAGUGCUCCUCCCUCCGAAACGCUGAAAGCAGGGCAGCUCCGAACAAGGGUCAGCCGCUGCCAGGUGUGCAUGAAGAACUUGUAGUGACACCAACAGUCUUUGUUACCUAAGACUAGACCUCACUGAUGUGAAGAAGGAUAAGUUCGUAAACCUGGUUUGGAUGUGGUUGAUGGGUGAAUAAGACAGACUUCUGCAGAAAUUGAUUCUCAAGUCCAGGAGAGUGACCACGCACAGGGGAGGGAAAGACCAGUGCUCUGAAACCUCUUUUUUUAUGGAACAUGGUGCUAUGCUUUUACUUCAAUGGGAUUUUUUUUCCCCUUCGUUUAUGGCUACCUCAGAAAGUCUCUGCAGGUUCCUUACUCAGACCAAAUAGCAGCCAAUGUCUCCCAUUAGGACACUGCUCUGUCCAGGCCAAGUGCUGCUCAUCACCCAGAGAGAGACUUUGCCAAAGCUAUGCCUCAUCAGCCUCUGUGCAAACAGUAUUUGGUCUGGUGUGAGGGAACGAAGAUGCAUUCUCCUAUGAAAUACAGACCUAGCUAGAAUUUAUCAGUGUAUUGUAGGUGGCUUAGAAACACUAAGCAUUACUGCUUGGUAACUGGCUUCCUUAGGAAGAUUCAAAGAUUGAUUUGUUUUGCUUUGCUCAUCAGAUUGGACGUUCAUUCCUGCAGUGACAGGUAACCAGUGCUAGUCCAGACUCUCACCCAUGGUUGACUUUAAAGAGCUACCCCAGUGAAAAAUGCAAUUUGUAAUGUGAAGAUAAACCCAAACCACCUCUAGUGUUUCUUUUACCUUUCCGUUGAGAUAUAUUCCAUUGAGAUAUAUUCCAGAUAUAAAAUGUCUACUUCACGGUCUUUCAGGCUCAUCUUCUUGCAGUCAAGUGAUGUGUAACCACCAGAGACAUUUCACUGCUAUUACCAUACGUUUCCUUUCUGAGGUAGCCUUGAUACACUUGUUUUACAGUUAUUCAAGCUGUGUGUAUUUGAAAAGUAGAGGCUUUACUAGGUAGCACACAAACUUAGGCAGAAGCAGAAGUAAGCAGUAUGGGAUGUCCAUUGCUUACUUCUACAGGCAUGAUGUGUUAUACGCCUCUUCCUCUGGGCUUUAUUUCUGGUAGUCUAAAAGAUUGUAUUUCUAGUGCAUACAGUGUUAACUAGUCACACUUUCCUUCAGGGCACAAUUAAAGAGAAGUGUCAGUCAUUGUAUUAUCCUUGGAUAUAUGGAGGGAAAGCCAUGAAAAAGGUAUGCUAAUAUAUAUAAUGGAUUAAUUUAGUUGGGCUAAAGUUAUUGCCAACCUCUCUUGAGUGACGCAGAUGAUAUCCAUAUAUAUUGGCAUUCCAGCAUAUGUGAAAGAAGUGCCUUGCAAAUACAACAUCACCUUGGCUUAAAAAUCUUUAAGACAAAAUUGUGAAGAAAAUUACUAUUAAUGCAAGACUGAGAUUUGAAAGUGUUAUUUCUUUACCAGGCUCUGUCCAGCAAAGUACUUAAGACCACUCUUAAGCAGAUAACAUUUUUACCUGUAAUGAUUAUUCACAUGCAUAAUAUAAUAUUGUCCUACUCGAUUGGAGUCAGAGAGCUCUGCACGUUCCAGAGCAGAACCACACUGGAAAUGAGCAGAGAAUUUGUGAAAAACUAUUUAGUCUUUCAUUUAACUUAUUGUGAGAGACUUGCAGCUGUUCUGGAUCUACUUUGCAAAUAGCUUUAAGGCAUUUUAAUGCUCCUGAGUGGCAAUCCUUUUGUGCAGAAUAUCCCAUCUACUUCUUGGCUGUGCCAGCACAGACAGAUCCCGUAGUAUUUACAGCUCGGCUUCUGCAAACGCAGCUUUGAAAUGCUGUGUGCAGGCAGUGAAACUCACUGCUUUUUGAAAACUUGUGUCAGUAACUGGCAAACUGCAGUAAACUUUUCAGCCAGAGGUCUCCAAUGGUGCUAUAAAAAGAGGUGUCGAUUGGGUAUUGUGUCUGCAGGGACUUGUGUUUAUUUUUGAACAUGGAAACACGUGCAUACGAUUAUUUCUUCCCAGGAUCCAAGCCUUAUGCAUUUUGAGCACCACUGUCUUUAGGGAAGUGUUGUUGCAGUAGCCUCACUCCACUGCCACCCAUGCCCAAACUUCCCCCACAUCACCAGGACCUUUCCCCACACUGGCCCCUGCUGUCAGGCAAUGGGGGAUCCCCAUCACCAGCCCCCUUGUCACACGUCUGCUUACCCCCACCACGAGCACCUCUCCAAGAGCUCUGCAGGGCCAAGACCUCCUCUCUGAAGAGUGUUUACAUGAAAGCUAAAAGUGACAUGAGGAAAAAGUGUGCUGUACUCCACCCAUUCAUUCUCAUUUUUUAACUUGGAUGCCUCUUUUUUUUAUCAGUCACUGCUCCAGCCUGAGAGUUUCAGAGCAAGGGCUUCACUCUCGUGUCUGUGAGGAGGAGAGGGCUAUAAGUGGUGUUAUGUGAACAGUAAGUUCAUGUAUGACUUUAGUGCUUUGUUUUUAAAAAACCAUGCAGCUAAUCCAUGGAGAGGGGAA